UAGUAAAGUUACAAUCAAUGAUUGAAACUUCAGUUGGAUUUGAAUCGUUUGAAUGGUUGUUUAUUCAUUCGCGCCAUUUAUUCAACAACAAAUUAUGGGACAACAGUUGCUCUUCGGAAUGUCUACUUAAACACGUGUGAAAUGAUUCGAUCACUGGCGCCUAGUCAGAGGGGAAAGCGAUCAUUGCUCUUGGAUAUAUCAGAAGAUAUCGAGGACCUUUAUCUGACCCAGUCAGAAAACUGUGCCCAUCAGCCGAAAAGAAGAGCAAAAAAUGACAAAGACCUACAGAUAUCUGAACGCAAGGCUGUUCUUCUUUCUGAUAAUGAAGUCCAUGCGGUGCAAAGAAUAAUAUCGGAGCACGAAGAGAGAGUGAGGAAGCUUCUCAGUAAACCGUUUAAAAUACCAAUACCUGGGUACCGAUUAUCGGGUCGGGUUCUUGGAGUACGUCUCUCAGGGCCACGUAGACCACUGCAUGAUCCCGACGAGCCCAAUGCAUUGAUUGUCUACUCGCCCCCAGAAUUGUCCGAGCAUGAAAGGCUAAAAGUAGAUCAAACUAAGCUGCUUGUUCACGUAGUUGUGGAUCCUGUAUUGUGCAAUGUGCUAAGGCCGCAUCAACGCGAAGGCGUGAAAUUUAUGUACGAGUGCGUAACAGGUAAACGCAUAGAAGAUGCCUACGGUUGUAUCAUGGCAGAUGAGAUGGGCCUUGGUAAAACGUUGCAAUGUAUAACUCUGUUGUGGACAUUGUUGAAGCAAGGGCCAGAAGCCAAGCCACUCAUAGAGAAAGCAAUCAUUGUCGCGCCCAGCUCUCUUGUGAAGAAUUGGUACAAUGAAAUUAAUAAGUGGCUAGGCAACAGAGUCAAUGCUCUCGCCAUCGAUGGAGGCAAGAAAGCGGAAAUUGACGCUAAGCUCAUCAGCUUUAUGAAAACCUAUAGCGGCCGAUGCGUGACACCCGUUCUCAUUAUAAGUUAUGAAACGUUUCGCUUGCACGCGCACGUGUUGCAUCAGGACGAGGUGGGCCUCGUGUUGUGCGAUGAGGGGCAUCGCCUGAAAAAUUCCGAGAACCAAACGUACCAGUCGCUGAUGGGUUUAAAAGCGAAGAGGCGGGUGUUGCUCAGCGGAACGCCCAUACAAAAUGACCUCUUGGAGUACUUCUCUCUUGUACAUUUCGUCAAUCAAGGAUUGCUGGGAACCGCGCAGGAAUUCCGGAGGAAGUACGAGACGCCCAUACUGCGCGGUCAAGACGCAGCUGCGACGGACAAGGAACGUGAACUUGCCGGGGAACGUUUAGCCGACCUAGUGUCGAUUGUCAACAAGUGUCUCAUCAGGCGCACCAGCGCUUUGCUCUCCAAGUAUCUACCGUUAAAACACGAGCUCGUGGUAUGCAUAAAAAUGGGAGAGCUGCAAACGCGGCUCUACAAGAAUUUUAUACAAAGCGAUAGUAUAAAAAGGUCCAUGGAAGAGAACGAUAAGCCGAAGAAGGGAAGCAGCCUCUCUGCGCUCGCUGCCAUAACUCUCUUAAAGAAGCUGUGCAAUCAUCCUGAUUUAAUAUAUGAUAAAAUUAUAGAGAAGACAGAGGGAUUUGAAAAGGCCGCGAAAUUAUUGCCACCAAAUUACUCGACGAAGCAGUUGUUACCGGAAUUAUCCGGGAAACUGAUGGUCCUAGACUGUCUGUUGGCGUCUAUCAAGACCACGACGACCGAUAAGAUAGUACUGGUGUCCAACUAUACGCAGACUCUUGAUUUGUUCGAGAAACUCUGCCACAAACGUUCCUACAAUUAUGUGAGGCUCGACGGUACGAUGACGAUCAAAAAGAGAGCGAAAGUAGUUGACAACUUCAAUAGCCAGGAUAGCGGCGAUUUCAUAUUUAUGCUCAGCUCGAAAGCCGGUGGAUGCGGUUUGAACCUUAUCGGCGCAAACCGCCUCGUAAUGUUCGAUCCAGACUGGAAUCCAGCGAACGAUGAUCAAGCAAUGGCCAGAGUUUGGAGGGACGGUCAAAAGAAGCCGUGUUUCGUUUAUCGUUUCCUUUCCACUGGAACGAUAGAAGAGAAAAUAUUUCAAAGACAGGCUCAUAAAAAAGCAUUGAGCUCCACGGUGGUUGAUCAGGAGGACGAUGUAGCGAGACAUUUUACCAUAAACGACCUCCGCGACUUAUUCAAAUUGGAGGAAAAUACCGUUUCGGAUACGCACGCAAAAUUUAAAUGCAAACGUUGUGUCAAUGGUACUGAAGUGAAGGGUCCUCCAGAACAAUCCGAUUGUAAUUCCGAUCUGUCCGACUGGCGACACUCACACAAUCCACGGCAUUUACCGGAUAUACCGUUACGACAGUGUUGGUCUAGCGGUAUCUCGUUCGUUUUUCAUCACCGUUCACACGAACAAGUAAAAUGAUUCGUAGGACUUUGAUAGUUUGUUCUGUUACAUCAAAAAUUACUUGAUAAUAUUCAUAAAAGAUAUUACGACUACAGAGCUAGAAUAUUUCAAAUUUAUUUUUACAGUAGUCAUUCAGGAUACACAAAUUCAUAUGUAUAAAUAAAAGAAAUUUAUCAUUUUAGAAAGAUAUACGUGUUUUAUAUCGUGCAAAGCGAUUCCAGAGCUAAAGAUUCAUAAAAUAUUUUUUCUCGAAAAUGUAGUUAUAAUAUCUUUUAUUAAUGCCAUUAUUAAUAUAUAUCUUACGUAUUUAAAUUUUGUAUAAAUAAAUCAUUUUCUACGUCCAGGUUUCCUCCACGAGAAUAAAGCAGAAAAAUAAAAUUGUGUCUGUGUGCGCGCGUGUACACACACGCACGCACAAUUUUAUUUGAUAUAUCUUUUAAUGUCUUGCUAAAUGUUAUGUAAAUAUAGGUCAUUAAGUAAUAAAAUAUUCAAGACAUUAAAGGAGAUAAAUAAAUAUUCAAGUUACAUGUAGAUUGAUUAGAGCCAACAUUUAUGCGCCUUCACGAUAAAUUAUGGCAAUUGCGUUUCGUUCCUUCAUCAAUGUGAUAUUGUUCUAAUAAUAAAUCAACUGCAAGCUAAA